GAUCAGGCUGUGCUGCGACAGCCGACGUGAAGGCUGGGAAGAUGGCGGCCUCCUGGAGGCUAGGCUGUGACCUGCGGAUGCUGCGCUACCUCCCAGGCUUCGGCGGCCGGCGAGGCCUGGGGCUGGUUAAGGGAGCUGCUGGGUGGACUGCCGGCCGCGGAGCUAGUUGGAGAUGGCUUCACAGCACUCAGUGGCUUCAGGCCGAUCCUAUAAAGAUACUGAUGCCAUCCCUGUCUCCGACAAUGGAAGAAGGGAACAUUGUGAAAUGGCUGAAAAAGGAAGGCGAAGCUGUGAGUGCUGGAGAUGCCUUAUGUGAAAUAGAGACGGACAAAGCUGUGGUGACCUUAGAUGCGAGCGAAGAUGGCGUCUUGGCCAAAAUAGUGGUUGAAGAAGGGUCUAAAAAUAUACGGCUGGGUUCACUAAUUGGUUUGCUAGUUGAAGAAGGAGAAGACUGGAAACAUGUUGAAAUUCCCAAAGAUGUAGGUCCUCCUGCAGCCGCUUCAAAACCGUCAGCGCCUCCCCCCUCGCCAGAACCACCGAUUUCUGCCCCUGUCAAAAAGGAACACACACCAGGGAAAUUGCAGUUCCGUUUAAGUCCAGCUGCCCGUAAUAUUCUGGCCAAACACGCGCUGGACGCCAGCCAGGGCACAGCCACUGGGCCUCGGGGGGUCUUCACGAAAGAGGAUGCUCUCAAGCUUGUCCAGUUGAAACAGACGGGCAAGAUCCCUGAGUCCAGACCGACCCCAGCCCCUCCAAUAACCCCCGCUGCACCUUUGCCCUCACAGGCCACCACUGGGCCAUCUUAUCCCCGGCCGAUGAUCCCACCAGUGUCAACUCCUGGACAGCCUAACGCAGCGGGCACCUUCACUGAAAUCCCGGCAAGCAAUAUUCGAAGAGUUAUUGCCAAGAGGUUAACUGAAUCUAAAAGUACUAUACCUCAUGCGUAUGCUACUGCCGAUUGUGACGUUGGAGCCAUUUUAAAAGUUAGACAAGAUCUGGUCAAAGAUGACAUUAAAGUCUCAGUAAAUGAUUUUAUCAUCAAGGCAGCAGCUGUUACCCUGAAACAAAUGCCAAGUGUUAAUGUCAGCUGGGAUGGAGAGGGCCCAAAGCAACUGCCUUUCAUUGACAUUUCAGUGGCUGUGGCAACAGAUAAAGGUUUAAUUACACCAAUCAUAAAAGAUGCUGCUGCUAAGGGCAUACAGGAAAUUGCCGACUCUGUGAAGGCUCUAUCAAAGAAAGCAAGAGAUGGAAAAUUGUUACCUGAAGAAUACCAAGGAGGAUCUUUCAGCAUUUCCAACUUGGGGAUGUUUGGCAUCGAUGAAUUCACUGCCGUGAUCAACCCCCCUCAGGCCUGCAUCUUGGCCGUUGGGAGAUUCCGACCGGUGCUGAAGCUCACGCAGGAUGAAGAGGGGAACGACCAGCUGCAGCAGCACCAGCUCAUCACGGUCACUAUGUCCAGUGACGGUCGACUAGUGGAUGACGAACUAGCUACCCGGUUUCUGGAAACUUUUAAAGCAAACCUGGAGAAUCCUAUUCGGCUGGCCUAGUUCUCAAAGACAGAACUGCUACCCAGAAACAUACACUAUAUUAAAAAAAAUUAGGUAUUUAAAUGUGAAGUGGAUGGAAUGUUUAUUUAUUUAAGGUGAAAGUUUGAUCUGAGUUGUCUUCAUUUUUAAAGUGGGUUUAAUGUUGUAGAAAUAAAUGACAACAAACUCUAACUACAAUAAUUAAAAAAGAACAUUUAGUUAGAUCCACUUUUAAUCUUGGUGCUGUCAAAGGGAGCAUUAAACGAGAUGCAAGUUGAAUCAUAUGUUUGGCUCCGUGGAGCAUUUGAGAAUAUUUGAGAAUAUAUGAUAAAUUGUAAACUCAAAAAAUUGUUACAAUUCUACUUAAUUGUGUUGACAUUGGAUGUGGUCUCCAAAGAAACACCCACGAUUUAGCAGUGGGUCCUCACUUUUACAAGCACUGCUGUAGAUAUACUUGAACAACUUGAUAUGUACAGAAGUUUAUUCUGGAUAACAGUACAUAAGGAUCACAUCGUAUUAGGGGUUGCAGCAACAUUGUUGAAUUUUUUAUGUAUGUAAAGCCAUACACUUUAGAGUGCUUUCUAUCAGUCUUGUUUUUUACUCCUGUGACACUGUGAACUUCUACAGAGGAAACCUUUUUAAAUCAAAAAUGAAGAGAAAGAGACCAAAAAAUUGUUUGUUUCAAUGGUAAACUGUAGUUUAAAUAGUUAAGCCCUCAGAAGUAACUGCUCACCUUCAUACUAAAUUGGAAUGUAUUAAAAUAAAUUAUGCUGUUUACUACCAAA